GUCGCUAGGUCUUUACUGCGGCGAUGGUGAAGCAACCAAAGAUUUAGGUCUUUCUCCGUUGAGAAGCAACCUAGAUCUAGAUAUGACUUGGAAACAAUUCAUCUCGAGGGAGGCAAUAGGGAAAGAUGAACAUAGAGGAGGGCUAAUAGAGGGAAAAUAGGACGUUGGAGAAUGAUGAGGAGAGAGGCGGCUGAAGAAGAAAGGCCACUGUGUGGAAAAGGAGAUUUGAGACUGAAGACGAAAGGCACAAGGAGACCUAGAUCUUUGGUUUCAUUAUUUUUAUUUUAAUAAUAUUUAAUAAAUAUAUUGAGUGGAA